AUGAUUUCGACCUCAACUGUGCCGCCAUCCGCGGGCGCUAGUAUUACUGCAUCUGACCCAGCACACAUCACCUCCAAGAUUCGCGCAGCUUCCACUCGCGAUGCUCCUUUCUGGUCCUUCGAGUUCUUCCCGCCCAAGACCACGCAGGGCCUGGCCAACCUCUACAAUCGUAUCGCUCGCAUGCGUGCCAACCUAGACCCUAGUUGGAUUCAUGUUACAUGGGGGGCAGGCGGUACAACAGGCGGAAAGUCCCUCGAGCUUGCUGGUAGGAUACAAAAGGGUAAACUCGACCCGGACGUCGAGAUCGUCCAAAAAGAGGUCAAGCAGAUCGGCUCAGGUGCACAGCAGCAUAUCGAGAAUGUCAAGGGUGGCGAGUCAUGGGAAAAGGAAGGCCCUGAUGCAUGCGAUGUCUGCCUUCACCUCACCUGCACCAAUGUUGAAAAAAGCAGCCUCGACGAGACGCUCGAGACCGCGAAGCGUCUGGGCAUUAAAAACAUUCUCGCUCUGCGCGGUGAUCCGCCAAGAGGCGAAGAAUACUGGGUUGCAGCUGACGAGCGCUUCCAGCACGCCACUGAUCUCGUUCGUUACAUUCGCCAAAACCAUGGCGACUUCUUCUGCAUCGGUGUAGCAGGCUACCCCGAGGGUCAUGCCGACUACGUCGAUCGAGAUGUCAAGCGCGACCUCCGCUACCUCAAGGAGAAGCAAGACGCCGGUGCACAGUACAUCGUCACGCAGCUCUUCUAUGAUGUCGAUCAAUUCCUCAGCUGGUACAAGGACUGUCGCGCCAUUGGCAUCACUAUCCCCAUCCUCCCUGGUAUCAUGCCCAUCCAAAAUUACUCGAGCUUCCGACGCAUGACUAACCUCUGCAAGGUGCAGGUGCCUCAACUCAUUCUCGAUGCACUCGAACCCAUCAAGAGCGAUGAUGCCGCCGUCAAAGAGUACGGCGUCUCGCUCAGCAUCCACAUAGUCGGACGCAUCUUUCUGGAAUCCGACAUUCGCGGCUUCCACCUCUGCUCGCUCAACUUGGAGAAAAGUAUCGAACGCAUUCUCGAGGGCUUGGGUUGGAAGACGGAUCUGGGAGCGCAACUGGAAACCGACCCAAGGCUCAGAGGCAUUCCAGCUCACCUGCAUCUCGAGGCAACCAAGAACCAGAUGCUUUCCGAUCGCACCGGUGCCAACACCCCCAAGGAUUUCAAGGUGACCACCCAAGAAGCGCUCGCGAGGACGUUGGCCAGGACAUCGAGCUCGUACCAGGUGCCCGAGACAAGUACAUGGGACGAGUUCCCCAACGGUCGAUACGGUGAUUCGCGCAGUCCGGCCUUCGGUGAAAUGGACGGCUACGGCGUUAGCCUUAAAGUGCCGCCUCAGGAUGCACUGCGCAUCUGGGGUCAUCCCGUGACGCUCGUUGACAUCUCCAAGAUCUUUGCAUCGUAUCUCGAGGAGAAGAUCUCGUGCAUUCCCUGGUGCGAUGCGCCCCUCAUGAAUGAGACACUCCAGAUCCGCGACCAUCUGCUCUCGCUCAACCGCCUUGCGGAAGGUGAAACCCAAUCCGGUAAAGGUUGGUGGUCUGUUGGCUCUCAGCCUGCCGUAGACGGCGCGCCUUCCACAGACCCCACGGUGGGAUUCGGUCCACCGGGCGGAUUUAUCUUUCAGAAAUCUUUUGUGGAGCUCUUCAUGUCGACGGCGGACAAAGACAAACUCGUGGCACGCAUCGAUGCGCUCGGAGCCAAUGCGCAGAUCACCUACUUUGCUGGCAACGCCCGAGGAGACUUCCAGUCGAACCUGGGCGAUGGAGAGGCCAACACUGUCACAUGGGCCGUGUUUCCGGGAAAAGAGAUCGUGCAGUCGACUAUCAUCGAGAGGGAUAGUUUCGAGGCAUGGAGGGAAGAGGCGUUUGAGAUUUGGGGCGAGUGGUCCUUGUUGUUCCCCAAGCAGUCGGCGAGCAGGAAGCUGAUCGAGGAGAUCAAAGAUGGGAGGUGGUUGGUGACUGUGGUACAUCAUGAUUACAAGAAGAGCGAAGCGCUGUGGCACUUUUUGGCCGAGUAG